AUGGUCUCUUUCAAGAACAUCGUUGCCUUCCUCACGGUUGCUGCCACCACGUCCAUCGGGGUCAGCAGUGCCUCAGUUCCUCGCCAGUACGGGGAGAACGGCGCCAUUGUCCGCGACGGCGGCUCCUGGCUUCCCAACCCCGCCACCUCGUCCCUCGACCGUCGCGAUAAGGACCAGGAGUGGAAGGACUACCACCGCCAGACCGAGGCCAUGGCCGAGGAGGGCAUGUGCCGAGCAUACGCCAAGCCCACGAACCGCGACCUCAACUGGCCCUGCCGCGAGUACUGCAUCAAGGCCACCGGCGACUACAGCGCCGCCUGCUCCAGCGGCCACGUCUGGGAGAACAAGGCCGAGGGAAAGACGAAGCCCGGCUACCCCCUCCUGCCCAACCCCGACGGCGAGCUGUUCACCUACGGGGGCGAGUGCAGCUGCAUCACGAUCCCCGAUGACCUCGCGGAGAAGAUUUCCGAGGGUCUCGAGAACAGCGGCGCCAUCAUCUGCAGCGUCUGGCUUUUUUCCAUCAAGAAGGUCCUCGAGAAGGGCAGCUAUCUCAUCCCUGGCGGCGGCACUGUUUCCAAGGUCGUCAAGAGCAUUGCCAAGUCUGUCGGCAAGGUGGUCAAGUCCGGCAAGGGCUCAGAUGCCUGGGCUUCCAUGGUCAGAGAUACCUGUGGUGCUAAGGGCCAUGAUGUCACGAUGGACAUUGAGAAGGCUUUCGACUUGUUUAAGCAGGUCCCGCUCUAA